CCAAAGUAUGUUUGAGAACUCCGUUGCCCAGCAGCAGAGUCCUCAGACGUCCAGGCCCGGCCCCCCCUCGGCCCGCCGCCCCCCAGCAUCAGCUAGCCACAACCUGGGGUCCAGCUCUGUCGACUCUCCUUCCUCCGGAGGACAGCAGAGGCUUAAGAAUGCCAUUAACCUGGGCAAGGCUGUCGGGGCAAAGGUCAAUGACUUGUUAAGAAGAAAGGAGUCCAGCCACCUAGGGGACAUUGGGGUCACAGAGGUCAACAAGAACGUUGAUGUGGUGUGGAGCUGUAUGGAGCAACUCAAUCAGACCACUGCAAACAGUCACAUCUCUUCCUUCGACUCCUUCCCCCGGCUGGACCCACCACCCCCGACGGGGAAGAAGCGUCUGCCCCGGGCUCUGAAGACCACCCAGGACAUGAUGAUCUCCUCUGACCCCGUGGUCUCCUCCCCGGACCCCGCUGACUCUUCCUCCUUCCUCUCCUCUCCCGAGAAGUCGCCCCUCAUCGGCCCAGAGGAGCCGAGGAGCAGUGAGGAGCAAAAGGAGGACGAGGGGUCAGAGGAGACCCCCCUGGGCCCCGCAGAGAAGAAUGCUGAUCGCUGGGAGAAGACGGGGAGCAACGGAAAAGUCCAUGGAGUCACAGGUGGAGGAGAAAACGAGGUGGAGAACGGGAGCAGUGACGGAGGCGAGGAGGAACAUCAGCCCCAGCUCUCUGUGCCGGACCUCAUCAACAAAGACCCCCCGAUGGUGGAGCCCAGAGCCAAGCCCUGCGACGUCUGGCAGAAAGCGUCGGGGCCCGAGUCCCGUCUGGCCUCCACCCCUACGGGGAAGACCUCCUGCCGCAUCAGCCUGGGCGAAGACAUCCUGCUGGGGAACGGCGCCCCCUGCAGUAAAGAGGCUGAAGACCUGGAGCCCCACCCAGACCUGCUGUCGUUUGAGUAACAAGCCAGAUUCCA